ACACAUUAAGGAGCCUGUGGACUCUGUAUUUUGAAGGACCACAUUGUGUGAUUGCUACAUUUUUUCAACUGUCAACAUGGUUGAUGCAUUUUGUGCAACUUGGAAACUGGUUGACAGCCAGAAUUUUGAUGAAUACAUGAAAGCACUGGGUGUUGGUUUUGCCACUAGGCAAGUUGGCAAUGUUACCAAACCCAUAAUUGUCAUCAGCCAUGAAGGGGACAUAGUUGUGAUAAAGACACAGAGUACCUUCAAAAACACUGAGAUUUCUUUCAAACUGGGAGAGGAGUUUGAUGAAACAACAGCAGAUGACAGACAUGUAAAGUCAACUGUAACCAUGGAAGGAGACAACCUUGUCCACGUUCAGAGGUGGGACGGCAAGGAGACUAAGUUUGUUAGAGAAAUUAAGGAUGAAAAAAUGGUUAUGACAUUGACCUUUGAGGGAGUGCAGUGUGUGCGCACAUAUGAAAAGGCAUAAUGUCGAACUGAUGGUCAAUUCAGUGUAACCCUGGCAACUUGACAAUAUUAGAAGGGCAUUUUUACAUUGUAUUCUAAACUUUAAAGUUUUCCCCUUUUUGAGACACGUGAGACAUUUUUUGUGAGACCUUUUAUAUGAAAUACACAUUGUGGAGUUUUUUUUUUAAAUGUUACAGAAUGUUAUUGGUGGACUGUGUAAUUGAUGCCUGCAUUUGUGUCAAACUGAAUGAAAUACACACUUGUUAAAAAAAAGACUCUUUGUUUCUUACUAAAGUAUGUCUCAUACAAACUGUUGGUUGUCAUUGGUUUAAUACUGAAGUUUCCUGCAAGGUGUCCAUAGUCAACAAUAUUACUCUAAGUAUAUAUAUUAUUUUAUAUGAACGAAGACUAGAUGAAUUCCCAAAUUUAGAUAAAUUCACCCUAUUUCCAUAAUUUCCAGCAGCAUAUCAUAAAAAAAAUAAUGUAUUGAUUCUAUUGUUCCAUCUUCAUAUCCUAUAGUUUUUUGCUAGUAAAUUGCUCUAGUUGUAAAUGCUUUAUGUUUACAUGUAAUUUCAUUACCUGUAAUCCAAUCCAAUUAUGGACUGUAUCCUUAAGUACUGGGAUGAUGACCAUUAAAUAUCAUUGAUCAGC